AAAUGUAUAGAUGCUGAGAUGUCACGUGCGUCGUUUCGGCUUGGAAUAGGGGCCAUUCUUAACAAGGGGUUUAACCCGUAAGGAAUUGCCAAAUGUAUUUCGAGUUAUAAAUUUGUUUAUUAUGUCUAUUUAAUCUGCAAUAAGGAUGCCUUGUAGUUUGGGAUGCCGGUCGACCGGCGAGCCGUCGACCUCUGGCAGGUCAAUUCAUGCUUACCCCAAUGCGUUCAGAAGUAGAAAGUUAGAUGUUUAUUGCCUUCGAGGCUAUAGAACAUCGCGCAGCGAGCGAAAGCAUGCGGCGCUUGCUUCUGAGGCCAGCGAACGGCCAGUCAUGGACUAUGUUAGUAGACUGAGGCAACGCAAAUCACAGCCGGACAUCUGUCCGCCACUAUUCCUAGCACCCAUGGAAAACCUCGCGGACCGCUCCUUCCGUCGCGCGCUAGCGACCACCGUGGGAGGAUUUGACGAGGCAUGCACGGAGUUCAUGCGGGUCCCGGGUCGCGCCGACAACCCAGCUGCUGCCGUACGCGGUGUGGUGUCCUGGUACGACGCCUGCGAGCUGGGUGCCGUACCGCUGGGCGCGCAGAUCAUGGGCAGCCACCCCGAGAUGAUGGGCAUGGCGGCGCGCUUCCUGGUGCAGGAGCGCGGCGCCCCCCGGGUGGACCUGAACGCGGGCUGCCCCGCAAACACCGUCACGGGUCACGGCGCGGGUUCCUCGCUGCUCCGCUCGCCCGAGCAGCUGGGGGAGCUGGUGGCGGCGGUGGUGGCGGCGGUGGGCGGGGCGGCGCCUGUGAGUGUGAAGCUGCGGGCGGGGUUCGAUGACACGACGUUGUUUGAGGAGAACUUGCUGGCGGUACAGGAGGCCGGCGCCUCCUUCAUCUCGCUGCACCCGCGCACCCGGCGGCAGUGCUACAGCGGGGCUGCGGACUGGGGACUUGUGGCGAGGGCGGUGGAGCUGCUGGACAUUCCCGUGGUGGGCAACGGUGAUGUGGUUUCUGCAGAGCGGGCCCUGGCGUUGCUCCGGGAGACGGGCUGUCACGGGGUCAUGGUGGGGCGAGGGGCGGUGCAGGACCCCCUCCUGUUCCACCGCAUACGCUACAGCUUCCAGAGGGGGGUGGACCCGGGGACGGCCUCUGAGGGGGCAGCGGCAGCAGCGGAGGGCAGCAGCAGCAGCAACUGGCCCUGGCGGGAGCCGGAGGUGAUGCAGGACUUCCUGCGCUGCUACGCCGGCCAGUUCAUUCCGGAGGUGGGGGAGCAGCAGCGGCAGGAGCAGCAGCAGGGGCCAGGAGCUGUGGCAACAGAGAGCAGCGAAGCUGCUGCAGGUGGUACGGCGAUUGCUACCGAAGCGUUGCCAAGCUGUGGUUAUCCAGCACACGACGAUGACACUAUCAGCAGCACCACCAUUAUUAGCGGCGGCGCAGUUAAGUUUGGUCGACUCAAAAAUGUGAUCAAGUACCUGUUCGCCUCCUCGCCCCAGCUGGCCGCUGCCUGCGAGGGGCUGCUGCGUGUAACUCCCGCGGAC